UCCUAUAUUUGAGAGUAGAGAGGGCUAGGCACAAUUUCCUGACUGAACAAAGCAGCCUAAUACUUAUAAAGAGCAACUCCAGACUGUCAUAGAGACUAGAGGGACCACAGCAAGGGUGACACCCCGAACGGAUUGAUAUCCUCUCAUCUCCCAUCCUCCCAGCAUGAUGCAAAUAAGAGGCUGAUAGAAAACUCGGCCUUCUGCAAAGAAACACCUUCUCUUCACUGCCCUCAGGAAGGCGGCUGAUCCCACGUGCCAGGAAGAUGGAGCCAAGCUUGCUGAUGUGGGGAAUCUCUACAUUCGUCACGGUGUCUGGCUACGUGACAGACCUGUGUGACGGUAACCCGCCAGACCUCAAGCACGCCACAUACAGAGCUCUCGAGUACAAGACGGGCACGGUGUUGAAUUGUGGGUGUGAGAGAGGCUACCGCAGACUAAGCAACUUCAUGCAUUGUGCGGGAAACGCCAGCCACGCUUCCUGGGAAAACAGAUGUCAGUGCAGAAGUACAUCCUCCAAGAGCACAGAAAGACAAGUUACUCCUAGACCCAAAGAACAGAAGGAAAAGCAGAGCCCAACGCUGCCCGUGGACCAAGGUAACCUUCUAGGUCACUGCAGGGAGCCUCCUUCCUGGGAACAUGAAGAUCCAAAGAGAAUCUACCACUUUGCGGUGGGGCAGACGGUUCACUACCAGUGUGCACAGGGAUUCAGGGCCCUACACAGAGGUUCUGCCCAGAGCGUCUGCAAAAGGAUCUCAGGGAAGACCCAGUGGUCACAGCCCCAGCUCAAAUGCAUAAGUGAGAGGACGGACAGUCCGUUUCCAGAUGACGCAGGAGAGCCUCAAGCAAGCACCGGUGCUCCUGGGAGAGACACUUCCUCCCCCUUGAAAAUGACAAGUACUACCGAUUUCCACAAACACACGGAAGUGGCUACCGCCGCGGAGUCAUUCAUAUUCACAACCGAGUAUCAGAUCGCAGUGGCCGGCUGCGUUCUCCUGCUGAUCAGCGUCCUCCUUCUGAGCGGGCUCACCUGGCAGCGGAGAUGUAUUACACCUAUGACUGUGACUUGGCUGUGUCACCACAGGAGGGAGAGUAGAAGAACCAUCUAGAAAACCAGAAGUGGUAAGAAGCCAAGAACAGCUCACAGAAGUCAAGGAGCAUAAGCAAAAUCAAAGAAGUCGAACGCUCACCCAAGAGGCAUCUCCUGUGAUCUCUUGGGUUUUGGAAAACUCUGAAGUCACAUGCUGACACACCGGGCAAUGGCAGCCUCAUGACAAAACCAGCUCUGUAGUAUCAACAAGUGAACUUGACCUGCUUCUGCAGAGCAGCUCCAAGGUCACUGGAGGAACAGGAAGGAACAGCCAGAACUGUAGGUCUUAUUUUCAUGUCGACAUGGUCAUUCAGGCUUGAACAGCAUGGGACUCUCUCCACACCAUAUACAGUAUAAAGAAGAGUAGCUUCGUAUUAAUUUCACCCUAACUUCUCAGUUUAGAAAUCCCAAGGAAAACCCCAGCACCAAUGUAAAUAGACACACACACACACACACACACACACGCACGCACUCCCCACCCUACGUGAUUGGACCUCACCCUGUGAUGGACGCAGAUUCUUCCCCAACUUUUGGCGGAUUAGCCCAUUCUCCUGGCCACAUUCCUUCAGGAACGCCUUCUAAGAACUCCGAAUCUUUUUGUCCUUAGCUCAGUCCUCUAAACUAGCCCCCUUCCACUUCAGUCUGAAUUUCUGAAUUUCUAAACAGAAGCCAUAGCAGAGUAAUCUUUGGGUAACACCGACAGAGGGCAACCACACCUUUGGGGAUCACAGAGCUCAGCGUUUAAAAGGAUUUUGCUAGAAGUACGCUGGGAAAAGAAGGGGAAACUACGUCCCAGGUAACAAACUGUACGUAGUAAAAAAGAGCUACCUGUAUGUUACUAACACACCCCUCUUACCGGUUCGUUUCUGUGGGAUUGCUAUAAAUGAUGCUCUGAAUUUGGUCUGCACGAGGGUGAUGUUCUCAGACACGUCACGUGCGAAUGCCUACAUUUCCGAAUCAGUAUCAUAAGAGCACUGAUAAGGGAUCGAAACACUCUAUGGAUGGAAGGAAAGAAGGAAGUGUGGCGCAGGGAGGGAGAUCACACUGACAGAAGGUAACCUGCAAAAGGUCACCCCUUAGUAGCCCUCAAACUGUUAGCAAUACGGUUAGCAAAUCAGACUCACCUGGAGGCCCAGUUAGACCAUGGCGGGGGCGGGGGCACAUCUCCUGGGUCUCUGAGUCAGCAGGUUCAGGCCGGCCAAGGAUUUACACUUGUAACAAGUUCCAGGUGAUGCUGCUGAGGCUGGCCUGGCCUGGAGACCACACUUUGAGAACCACUGGGUUGUAGGUCUCCAUGCCCAUCCACUCUCAAAAAUCACAUGAUUAAGGAGAAAGGUUAAAACCGGCCAGUGUUCAUUUCUGAAAGGCCAGGAAAGUGUUAUUUUAAAAAUGGACAGGCAUCAGCAGGACCAUAUCCAGAUUAAAGAACCAUUUUCUGCCCCUUCUGUGACUAACCAAGUACAGUCCAGAUCCCAGUGUCCACUUCCCCAUGCCCCCAAGUACAUGUUUUCUGGGUUGAGGGGAAUCUCAGACCAGGAAAAAAAAAAUUUUUUUUUAGUGUUACUUAUCUUGAGUAAAAUUGAAUUAUCAUGACUCAUUUUGGCAGGGGGGAGACCUAUGAGACCAAAUGUAUUAAAUAAUGAUUAAGAUAUUAUUUACCUUUUUCAUGCUCACUCUAAGUGUGUGGUGGAGUUUUCCAGAAACUACAUGAUAUGUGAUGAUGUCAUCGCUCUGAUGUUAACAUGUAAUGAGUAUUACUAUUGUUUAUAAGAGAACUAAUAAAUAAUAUUUUUUAAA